GUCAUCCAUCACAUUCUCUUCAGUUUGAUCCUUGUCAACGGCACCCACACUCAUUUGGGCUAUUUGUUUACUCCAAGACCUUCCUGUCUUUUCCAUCUACCCGUUCGGACAAAAGCUUAUCCCAUUCCGUUCCAUUCAACCACAUUUUCUUCACCUCUCAACCGUCUUCACACAUUAUAUACCCAACCCACCCAGCAAACAUGAAGACCUUCACCACCACCACCGCUCUUUUCACCGCAUUCAUCGCCCUCGUAGCUGCCACACCCCUCAACCACGCCGGCCCCUCCCAGGGCACCGGCGCAGGCUCACCACACUUUCACGGCGGUCACAACGGCAGCCACCACCAUCCCAGCAUGAACAAUGGCAACCACACCAUAAACGGUACAUCCACCAUCCGUAUGACGGUUACCCACACACGUACAUCGACUAUCUUCGCCGAGCCUACACAGUUCAACAACAGUGCGCCGGCAAUGGCUACAGAUGGCAUCUCUGCGCCGUUUACACCUAUCGACAUGGCUAAUGCAACGCCGACACCGUCGAGUGACGAGUCUGACGACGCCGGACUCGCUGCCGCGACGGGCCUUUGGUGAUUCUAAAACAGCCUGACCGGGUGUGCAUCGCAAGUCGACACGAAGACUACUGCCUGCCGUCUUACCUCGGCGCCUUUGCAAGCAUGUGACCAAAAAAUAACUAAAAAGCGUGGAGAACACAGAUAUGGUGUUGACUGUUGUGGAGUGGUGUUUCUUCUUUUGGGAUUGGGUCUGGGUACAGUGGAAGAAAAUACGCGGUAUUGAGUACCUUGUAUAUAUAUCAAAUUAUCUUCUUGUAUCAAAUAUACCAUCGCUUACGUUUC